UUUGGACACUAGUGUUGUGACAUUGUGCAGCAGCAGCAGCAGCAGCAGCAGCUGCAGCCUGUGUGCACAUUAAGGACAGAGCGCAGAGCUGCAGGAGUGGGCUCGCUCUCUGAUUGGCUGAACAGCGCUACGUGUACAUCAGUCAGCUACAGGCCUGUUGAAGCUGCGAGAUCUACACUGUCAGAGAGAGAAAGGUGAAGGAGGCAGCAGGAUGAAGUCCAAAGGGAAGGCCGUGAAACCAUCCAGGAGGACCUGGUCUGACCCUGAGCCAGAACUAGAACCAGACACAGAACCAGGUUCUAGUGAGCAGGAAGGCUCAGAGGCCUCUGUCCGGAUUGGUGGUUCGUGGAGGGGGUCGCUGAGGGGCGGGGACGGCAAGCGCCAAGGAGGUGGAGGCCGGCGGCGCAGGCAACGUGGCUCCAGCACCAAGGAACGCAGCGUCCGCCGACUAGAGAGCAACGAGAGGGAGCGCCAGCGCAUGCACAAACUCAACAAUGCCUUCCAAGCAUUGCGCGAGGCCAUCCCCCAUGUCAAGACCGACAAGAAGCUGUCCAAGAUCGAGACACUGACCCUGGCAAAGAAUUACAUCAAAGCCUUAACCACGGUUGUCGUGGACAUGUCAGGGGCCUGCCUGCCUGCUGGCGGGGUCCCUUCAGAGGCCAGCACUGCCAAGCUGCUCCAGUGCUACCAACAGCACCUGGAGGAGGAGGGGGAGAAUGAUCUCACCCAAUACCUCACCCACAUGCACAGCUUCAGCCAGCAUAGCUAACAGUGGCUGUAAAGGUGGUUUGAAGACCAGGAGGUUGUCUCCAAGGCAGAGAGGUGUGGGGUUACCUUUAGGGCCAAAUCUCAAACUUUAUCCAGUUCCUUCAGGCGCACGUCUCUGGGAUCUGCUCAGAAAGUGGUUUUCUGUAGGAAAUGGGUGCUGACUUCUGACAAUAAACCCAUGCUUGACCACAGCAAAAGGUGGGGCUGUCUAGAACUUGCCCUUCCUGCAAAAUAUGGAACGCCCUAGCAGACUGCACAGUGAAACGCAGAUGAAUCAUGGUUAUGAAGAGUGACAAGACUCAUUUGUUAAUGUACUCAGAAAGGAAGGGCUAAUCUUUCGCCAUACUGUCUUUUUAUUUCUCAUCGUCUACAGUUUUAGCUGCAUGGGGCUGGAGCUUGUUCUCUUUUGUGUUAUCUUCCGAUCUUCUUGUGUGUUUUUUGUUGUUGAGAAACCUGUUGAGCGUAGCCUCUAGUCAUAACUGUCUCAUCCAGGAUGAAGAGAAAAGCAAGCAGCAGACAUGAAUAUUAAAAUGUGGAAGCUAAAAAGUGUUUGCUCAUGACGAAAAUCUAUCACGAAUUUUAGAACACUUGUUUUCUUACAGGUUGUGCACCCGUUAGCUGGAAGGCACAGAUGAUAUUUAAAGUGUGUGUUAUUUGACUUUUAGAUGUAUCGAGGCAGGACUUGGUAGUGAAAAAGAUCAGGAGAAACUAUUUGAGCAGUUAUUAUCAAUAAACACAUUUAUUUAUUGACAAGGACUGUUACUUUGACAAUGCACAACACUUGAGAAAUGUACUCCACAAUGUCAACAGCACUGAUGUGUUGCACGCUACAGUAACACAGUAUGAUGUUAGUUAUUCACAGAUAAAACAGACACAUCUCUGUAUACGUUCCACUUUUCCAAAGGCUGCAUUAUAUUUAGACAGUACAUUAUGAUAAAGGGGAAUUUAGGCAGCUGUUGACAUAAAUUUAUCCCUGAACGGUUUCAUCAGUGUGUUUAAGAAUUUAUUUUAAUGGAAAAAAAACUGUAUUUUGAAUGAAUUGCUCUUUGGCAAAUGUACAAACACUACUCCACCUUUAUGCAUUACCAUUGCAGCAACCACUAUACUUAUUAAAUAAUAUAUUUUUCAGAUUUAUAAAAAAAAUAUUUUUUUUAAUAUUUUCUUUGAAUUGCUCAGUCAGUCAUUCUACCACCACCAGGAAGUAGACGGCAUGCAAAUGCAAACAUUCUCCUGAGAAAGAGGAAGGUUCAGUUGUAGCAUUUCAACCACAAGACUUUUAAAAGUAAUCUGCACUUUUCCCUUAUUUACAACGCUAACCAUUGCACAUACUCCAUGACAACAUAAUUACAUAUCUUUUUAGAAAAAAUGUACAUCUUGCUAAAACAUCAGUCAACUGUUUUUACAAGGCAAGCAGCCACCACCACAGGUAAAUAAAGCCAGUGCAGGUCUUGUUCCAGCUGGUACAUGCUGGCUCCAAAUAAAUACUCCAAGUGCAUUGAAGUCAAUGGGAAAACCUUUAAAUUCCUUACAAGAAGUUACAGUGUCAGUUGUACCAAUAAAAACAGACUAAAGCUUACAGUAUGCUUUGGUGCGCUUGCCCUGAUUUACAGAUGUCUCAGCCUAUCACACUCAGGCUGUUUCUUGCCUGUCUAAACUCAGCUUCACACAGGUUUCACAACAUUACCCUAAAUUGGAUUUUCUGCCUCCAAAUUGGCAGGAUUGUUGCAUCCAAUACACCCAAAUUUGGGCUUC